GUUAUGUGAUAAUAUUCCUGGCACCGUGGUUAUUAUAAAGGUUAAUGGCUCAAAUGAAAUACUUUGCAGAUAUAAUCCAUUAGUCUGGACGUCUAAGGGUGAAUGGCUUACAACUACAGAUGGUUUUAUUUUUUCAUUGAAAUCCCAAAAUUUAACGAAUUCCAUCCUUAGUAGAGUUAUUUAUUCAGAUGGAGCGAUUAGAUGCUAUAACCAUUUUGGUCCAAAAUUUGGUGGUGAUUUUUAUAUGCUAAAUGAUAGUAAGGUAUGGUCUUAUCGUCAUAAUGAUUUACGUUAUGAAAAGCGGCUUAGGAGUGUUCGUAGUCUUCUAAUUGAUGAAUUUGAAGUAUUUCAAGUCUUGAAAAACUGA